UAUAAGGCUUGCUCUGUCGGGGGACUUGAAGCUGUGCAGUAAUAGCCUAUUCGUUGCUAUGUGCCGCUUUGGACCGAGGGUUGGAGGCACAGCACGAAGCUCCACAUCCAGUGUCCGUGCGUCUUCGUCCUGCACGGAGCAGGUCUCUGCUGUAGAAAGACCGCCUUCUCCAGAAUAUGCCUCGUCUCCAUGGUAACCAGCCUCAAGCAAACCCAGAAAAACAUUGGGCCAAAUUUGUCUACUCUUGUCCAACCUACCUGAUCCUGGACCAUACUGAAGAGGAUUUAAACAAAAAUUCACCUAAGUAAAAAUUCUUAAAAUAUUAGUGAUGUUACCUAAUCCUUGUAGUUAUUAUAACACUUUCACAGGACCCAGAAUGCCUAAAACAGUGCCUGGAAAUUUAAAUUGAUGUCAUUUUCAAAGGUUUUACUUUCUACUCUUUUGGGAUCCCAAUCCAGAGGACUCUCUAAAUUUGUCCCCUAAAACCAAGAGGAAAGUGUUAUUCAGAAGUUUGCUUUCCUUUAUCGUUAUGUCGGGGAUGUAUUCAUUCUUAGUUAAGGGAUCUUAAACUCAGGGGCACCAGUCCCAAACUGGUCUAAAAGGAGUCCUAAACCAGGACCAGAAUGCACCAGCUGUUCAGCCAGGUGCUGGGGCAGAGGGAUCUGUCCAGAGCGGGGGAUCUGUUUUCUCUGGACGACUCAGAGAUCGAAGACUGUCUGUCUCAGGCUCUGGACCAGAUCAAGGCCAUCUCCUGCUCACAGGACUAUUUGACCAAUGACAAUGACCAGGCUGUGGUGGAGAUUUGCAUAACGCGCAUCACCACGGCCAUAAGGGAGACGGGCUCCAUCGAGCAGCACAGCAAAGCCCUGGUGGGGCUGUGGGAGUCGUGUCUGGAACAUAACCUCACCCCUCAAGGUGAAAACACAGAGGACACGCCGCAUGCCAAGAUAGCCUCUGACAUCACCAGCUGUAUCCUGCAGAACUACAGUUGUCCGUCGGUCAUGGUGCUUGCUGUCCCGGUCGCGGUGCGGUUCCUGCAGAGGGGAAACAGGGAGCUGAGCAGGAACAUGUCCAGUUAUCUCUCCCUGGCUGCUAUAGCCAAGGCUGACCUGCUGGCUGAACACACAGAGGCCAUAACAGUCAGUGUGCUGGGAGGUAACCACAUGCUGUUAAGAGUGUUGCCCUCGGUCUACCCCAGACAACCAGAUACAAUCCACUGUCACAUAGGCAGCCUCACUGCCAUGAUGUCACAGCUGGAGUCCCCAGAGCAACUACACCUGAUCAGACUCAUCCAAAUGGUUGCAGAGCAACAUCCACUUAUGUUGAGCCCUCAGGUGCCUGCACUAAUCAGUUACCUAGAAGACCAAUCCCUAACUGAGGCCAUACUGGGCGCGCUCAUGGACGUGUCACAGGCCAGCCCUUCCUCACUGGUCAGCUUUCUGCCGGUGCUGAGGAUCAUGGGACAACAAUGCCCUGCUUUCCUGGGUCACGUGGCCAAAAUCCAUGGUGCCGUGGGUAUCAUCAAUGAGACUCAUGCUCACAGCUCGUUGGUCUACCUGGUGUCUCUUCUGGGCAGCAUGGAGCACAGCUUUCACCACACACUGCUGCUGGAGAUCAGAGCUCUGACCGACCGUUACCCGUCCUUACUGGGAGGCUGCAGUAAAGACAUAUACAGAAUGAGCAACUCCUUCGCUGCUAUAGCCAGACUGCUGGGGAGAAGACUGGAGGAGAACACGGCCACACACUGCAGAGUGGACGAGACGUGCCCUCCGUCUCCCUGUGCAUCUCUUCCUGGUGAAGGAGGAGGUGGAGGAGAUGGGUCAGAGCAGCGGCUGCAGGUGAAGAUCCAGGCCUUCGAGGAGAAAAUGGGGGAGGAGGGGGGAGAGGAGGAGGUGGAGGAAGACUCUCCUGCCCCCCAGCGUCGCUACAGCCUGAGCCAAGCUGUCAGGGAGGAGAGGCGAGAGAUGAGAUUCAACAGGUCAAAGAGCCUGGCCCUCCACGCUGUGCGCUCGCGCUCCAUCAACUCAGACACCGGGGAGGACGGUGAGGGGUUGGAGCAAAGCCCAGACAACAUCUUCUCCAACACACUGAUGAAUUCGCACUCAGUAAACCAGGAAGCACCGCCGGCUGACAGAAAAGUGACGGGUGACGGCUCGAUGCCCGUCACUGCUUCCCUGGACAGAGGGGUCAAAGAGGCUGAGAAAGGUCAACGCAGAGAGAAGGAUGGAGAGGAGCAGGAUGGCGAAGCUGACAGACUCUUCAUCCAUUUAAGAGACAAUAUGGAGAUGAUCAGAGAGUUCUGUAAAGACAUGGUGCAGCAGAUCCCCACACCAGAGCAGUGUGUGAUCGAAGAUUCAAAUCGAGGAUGUGUGGCCAAGCUGUCGUUCUCCUGUCCUCUUAAGGGCCACUACUGUCUGUACGCCAAGUCCUGUUUCAACCUGACCAGCCGACAGCCUCAUCUUUGGAUACACAUCAUGCUGCUACAUCUACAGAGUAAGUCCAGUGUUCCUCUCUGCUCCAGGGACGAGUGUGUCCAAAGACUUGCUUCUCUUUGGGAGAAGACGCAGCUAAAAGGAGCUCACAGUUUCCCCAUGGCUAUGACACAGCACACCACCCCACACAGGAAGGACCUGGACAGUCUCCAGAUUCAGCUAGAGGAGGUGCGUUUCUUUGACCUGUUUGGCUACAGUGAGGAAGAGGGAGGUUGGCUCUGCUUCAUGUGUAAUAACCCCGAGAAGGCCACAGUUGUGAACCAGGAGGGACAGCCUCUGAUUGAGGGGAAGCUGAAGGAGAAGCAGGUCCGCUGGAAGUUCAUCAAGCGCUGGAAAACCCGUUACUUCACCUUGGCGGGAAACCAGCUUCUCUUCCGGAGAGGCAAAUCAAAAGACGAGCUGGAUGACAUCCCUAUUGAGCUGAGCAAAGUGCAAAGUGUCAAGGUGGUAGCCAGGAAGCGGCGGGAUCGGGGCCUGCCGCGGGCCUUUGAGAUCUUCACAGACAGUAAGACGUAUGUGCUGAAAGCUCAGGAUGAGAAACAUGCGGAGGAGUGGCUGCAGUGCAUCAACGUGGCCGUGGCUCAGGCCAAAGAGAGGGAGAACAGAGAGGCUACCACCUACCUGUGAGAGCAACACAGUUAACUAAUGAGGUCACACACAGGCUACUGUACUAUUGGCAAUAUGUGCCAUGCACACAAACAUACACUUAACUUAGUAAUAUCUUGCAUAGCUGUACACUAAAACAUCCACUGCCAAUAACAUAACUAUAUACCUGUAAUCUGUGAUAUACAUCUUUAAUCCUCAUCAAAAACAAUCGAAAAUACUUGCUAUGCAGUAUUUUUAGGGGGAAAAAGACUUUGAAUAAACCAGCGAUAAAAGACUGUGGAAAAAUGAAGGAUGGUUACAUUUAAAAAAAUACUGACUCCCUGUACUUACCAUUACACCACAGACUCUGAUGUAUUUAUGACUGUGGACCAUCAUAAAUGAAUGUUACAGUACUCACAUACAAGUGUUAAAGAUUGAAGUUACACAAGCAGUACUAUACAGUACAGAAACUUCAGCUCCCUCAGCUUGAGGCCAGACACUGCUAUGAGCUUCAACAACCAAACAAAACCAGCAUGUGUGGAAACUUGGGAUUUUUAAUGAUGCACGAUGAUUGGGAUGUAUUUGAGCCCAGAGUAGUAUUUAGCAAUAAAGACUUAAUAGAAGCACAGACCUCAUAAGGACUUGUAGCAAUAAUGAGACUGAACAGUUUCUCUUGAAAAGCAGGAAGGAAGAAGAAGAGGAGCUAAUGGACAGCAGAUGAGAAGGACAUUCAAGACUGGAAUAAUGUGUGUGUGUGUGUGUGUGUGUGUGUGUGUGUGUGUGUGUGUGUGUGUGUGUAUGUGUGUGUGAGAGAGAGAGUAUGAUGUAGUCUUAAAGGAAUAGUUCAACAUUUUGGGAUAUAUUUGCUUUCUUUCCAAGAUUUAGAGAACAUUGAAUAUCACUCACUUCUGUACUCUAAACAAGAAGCUACAGUCACAAAACGGAAGGUUAUCUUAGCUUAGCAUAAAGACAGGAGACAGAGGGAUACAGCUAGCCUGGUUCUGUCCAAAGGUAACAAAAUAAUAAGAAUAUUAAUCUUUAUUUGUAGAGCACUUUUCAAAAACAAGUUGCAAAGUGCUUUUCACAAGUGUAAAAAUAAUAAAAUCCACCUACCAGAAACUCUAAAGCUCUUUGUUUUAUCUGAGUUUGCCAGACAACCAGCAGAGACCCCCAGAAGUCACUGCUGGUUGUCUUGCAAACUCACAAUGACUUCAAGACUUCAGGAAGUUGCUGCUCCCGAACGAGAAAUAGUCACGCACAUAACCCCCCUGUAAAACCACAACUUCUUUACCUUUGGACGAAACCAAGCGAGCUGUUUCACCCUGUUUUCAGUCUUUAUGCUAAGUUAUGCUAAGCAGCUGCUGGCUGUAGCUUCAUAGUUAGAUAUGCCAAGAGAUUGAUAUUAAUCAUCUCAUCUAACGCUUGGCAAGAACUACUCAAACUCUUGUGGAACAUGGAUGUAAAUAUUCAAUCCAGUGUUUUAAAAUAAUUUUGUAUCAUGUAUUUUCUGUAUUUUUGACUUACAUAAGGUAUUUUCUAUCACUAGCAAAAAUAUUUUCUCCCCAAAGUCAGCAGGUAAUAGCUCAAGUUGAGUUAUUUAAGAAGUGUUUCAUCCAACCAUCCAAACAAUUUUGUCGUAUUUUCUGUUUGUUUCUGUCUUGUACUAAAAUGCUUAUGAAGCAAGUCCCCUAAGAUUUAAUGAAGUGGUCACAUUUCUGUUCUUUUGCAAUCUCGAUACUAAAUGGACUGGGCUAUUUCUGGCUUUCCCGAACAAGAAACUUCUGCAACCCUUCACUCGGUGUUUCACUCUAGUGUCAGCCCAACUGUUUCUUUAAAAGGGAGUAGACCACAGAUUUCAAAGUAAACGUUGAAGUAAAUUUGUGGUUUCCUUGCAGAUUUAGAAACCAGUGCCAGUUCAGUCACAAUGAUUUACCACGAUUCAGUAUAAAGAAUGAAGGUGAUCUCUGUCAUUUUAAAACAGGCCAUUUCCAAAGGUUAGAGAUUAAAGGCGCAUGUGUUUUAUGGUCUUUUGUUUAAACCAUGAGAUUGGACAUAGUGGAAGUGAGCAUCUGACUGUUAAAGUCCCAGUCUUUACCUCUUUACAACUUCCAGUAUCGUGAAAAAUGAGCUCCUGUGGCAGAACACGUGGAGCACUAUGUUACUCACUAACCAGGAUGCAGAUGACAAACAUGCUCUGAACUGUCUGCCCCAGACAAACAAUCAGGGUUGGCCAUGGCAAAUCAAUUAUUUUGUAUGUCUGAUUUUGAUCCUUUAUCUGGAUCCACAUCAGAGGUGUGUGUCCGCCUACUGGUGAAUGUAUCACUCUCCUCAUCUGUAUCAAAUGAUUUGGUUUUGGUUAAAUAUAUAAAAUGCAUUUUUCAGAAUAUUGCUACAUACACAUUGCCUUUCUCACCAGGUCAGGUUACUCUCCAUUCACAGCAGAGCUUACACAUGAUGAUGAAUAUUUAUACCAUGCUACUCCAACACAUCUUGAUUACCUCCAUCCUCCUUCUUUUUAUUUAGAUUUAUGACCCACAUACACACAGCUAUCUAUGCACCCCAGCGUCUGGAGGAUUAAAGCAAACAGACCCAAGUAAAAGCUAAUUUAAAAAUAUUUUUUAAAUUCCUUGUGUGCCACAUAUAGCACCUCAGGACAAAUACUGCCAGAUAAUCAAAUGGACUUGAUUAUUGACACUUUCUGGCAUUUGUCUUGGCCCACCUAUCUGGGCUGUUAUGCAGGUUGGAACAAACAAAAGUAUUUGCGCUGAACUUAACUAUACACACAUAUUACUUGACUGUAGCUGGAUUUUAAAUCCACUGCCACCCUUAAGUUUAGAAAAUCCUCUACCUUGCGCUCUAAGUGUACCAUGAGGCUGACAGUGUUGAUUUAUUGGUGUUUGAAAUGAAUGUCUGAUCAUAUGAAUGUCAAAGUUGUGUAGAUUUAACAAUGCGAACGCUUUCUGCCAUAGUUUCCAAGCCUGCGGGGGGCCAGCAUUUUCUUUGCCAAAAUGAGCAAUUUUUUUAGGGUAGUUUCCUCUUCAUUAAAAUAUAUUUGUAGGCAGCUGUCUCUCUAUCUCUCUGUCUAUCUAUCUAUCUAUCUAUCUAUCGAUCUAUCUAUCUAUGUCUCGCACUGGAGAAUAGUGAGCUGUUAUUUUGGCUACUUUAAAGCACAAUGAGAUUACAUUUACAUUUUGGAAAGCUGAUGUCAGGAUGGAAACACAGCUGUAUAUUUCAACAAUCACACACACUGUAGACUACAUGUGAAGAUGAUUGACACAAGUAUUCCUGAAUGUAUAAAACCAUUUCUCAGCAUAAAUAUCAGCCUUGUGUAAAGAAUCAUAGGACAGUGUGUUAAAUUAACUUUGAUUUUAAGUUUGAUUUUUUGAUAUACGGCCAAUAUUUAUUUUUUACAAGUGCUGUCAUAACACUUCAAUCCUGUCCGGAAAGACCACUGAAACGAUGAAUGACCGAUUUUUAUCUUGUCACCUCUGUGUCUUCGUUGUUUUUAUAUUACUAUGAAUUGAUACUGCAAACAAAUGAAUGCUGUAUUUUAACAAUUUUUAAGUUAUAGAUUGUAUAUUUGCCUGUUUCACCUUCUGCAUGUCUGACACUGCCUUCUUGUCUCUUUCCUGACAGAAUUGUACAAUAAAUCUUUACCAGUGAAAUCAA